AAUACCAUUUUAUUUGGAACACAAAUAAUUAUUUUUAUUUUUAAUUUUUAAUAUUUUGGGGGAGCCGAGUCAGAAAUGAGCGAAGGAGAAGAGCAACGAGACUAGCCGCCCUUUCCACCGGAGCAGUUGCAACUGCCGAGCCGCCCCCGCAUGUUGACCCUCGUUACUUAAUGCUGAUGGUAGCAUCAGAAGAUGUUUGUGAAGUUAGAUUAUUGUGAAGGUGGCAGGUGCUAUUCUAAAUUUGGCUUGAAGCUUUCCAUCAGAAAAAACGAGAUAAUUUCGGUGCAAAAUAGAAUAGAAUGGCAGGGAUGAACAACUCGAGUGAACCGAGCACUGCACCCCAAGCUGAACGGUGGUACAACCUAACCCUAGGCUCAUCCUUCAGUGAUCACAAUCCCUCAAAAUUUUGCACUUUCCGCUAUGAGUUCAAGCCAGCAUCAAUCGAUAAGAAUCAGCGAGGCACCCUGCACAAAAGCAAGGAUAAUAAGGUCUCUGUGGAGUUUCAAAAUAUACAACCUGGGAAGCCUAAGGUAACCUUUGAGGGAACUAGUGAGGAUUGCAAGGAUAAUGAUGCUGUUCUUUUCUUUGAUGGCGAGUCUUUUCGGUUGGAGAGGUUGCACCGUGCUGUCAAGCGAUUGAGGCAUAAUCGGAUGAUGGGUGAAUCUGCAGGGCCAGGGCCAGGGCCAGGGGUUGUAUCAGUUGGAGUGGCUGAUGCAAGUCCGCCACCAAUUGUGAAAGGGAUUAAGCAUCAGCCUUUGAACAAGGACCCAUUUCCUGCUCUGCCUGUUGAAGUUGAACGAAUUGAGAUUGGGGACUUCAAAAGCUCGGAUGCAAAACCUAGACCGGAUAAGGCUGCUGAAAUCCCUGUAGCGCAGCCAAACUCAUCAAACCCGUCACCGGAGUUGAAGAUUGAUGACCAAGACGAAGAAGAUCUGGAUAUAAUGAAUGCAGAUGAAGAUGAUGGUAAUGCAGCGGCUGAUGGAAGCACAAUCGAAGUAAAAGAACUCGAUUUCGACAUCAACAUACCACAUCAAACUGACACGGAUGAGGAGAUUGCUGAUGUUGAUGUUAGCGACGACGAAGCUGAUAAGGGACCAAAUGCUGCGGAAGCACUGAGAGCGCAGGUUAACGCACAAGCAGGAGAAGGCCAGACUUCGAGCUCCAAUAGCAGCAGUGGGAGUGAGAGUAGCGGCAGUGGCAGUGGCAGCGGUAGUGGCAGCGGAAGCGGAAGCAGGAGUAGCAGCAGCAGCGACAGUGAGAGCAGCGAUGCUGAUUCUGUUACCUCCAUCUGAAAACUCCAUAAGUUGGGAUUUUGCAUACACAAAUCAUCUUAUUAUUCUUUUCCAGGUAAUGCUCCAAAAUAAUGAUGGGGAAUUGUUUAUUACUUUUAAGUUUUAACCGUAGGUGUGUUUAUGGACCUGAUAGAGUAAAGGCGAAAUAUUGCGAGAAAAUUCAAUAGAAAUAAAACUGAACAUGAAUCCUCCCAUGAGGCCUA